AUGUCUACCUCUUUUUAUGACUUAGAAUGCAAAGACAAGAAAGGUGAAACCUUCAAGUUUGACCAAUUGAAGGGCAAAGUGGUGCUAAUAGUUAACGUUGCUUCUAAAUGCGGUUUCACUCCACAAUAUAAAGAACUAGAGGAAUUAUAUAAAAAGCAUCAGGAUAAAGAGUUUGUUAUCUUGGGUUUCCCAUGUAACCAGUUCGGUAAGCAGGAACCUGGCUCUGAUGAACAAAUUGGCGAAUUCUGCCAAUUGAACUAUGGUGUUACAUUCCCCAUCAUGAAAAAAAUUGAAGUUAACGGAAACGGCGCUGAUCCUGUUUACAAUUUCUUGAAAAGCCAAAAGUCAGGUUUACUGGGCUACAAGGGUAUUAAAUGGAACUUUGAGAAAUUUUUAGUAGAUGCUAAUGGUAAGGUUGUCCAAAGAUAUUCUUCCUUAACAAAACCAAUGUCCUUAGACCAAGAAAUCCAAAACAUGGUAAGCAAAUGA